UUUUUUGUUCAUUCUACAUUCACGGCCACCUUGUCCAGCCGACAAUCAGCAUCAUACAGGCAUCGGCAUUUCUUUCGGCCUUCGUUUCAUUUCGCUGCUUGCCUUCCUUUGCCCGCAAAGCGAACAACUGUGUAGCAUCGUCAUCGCGCCUUCGACGCAUCUGUCCGUUCAUCCUCGACCUCAUCAUCUGCCGGAGCAGCUCCGCGUCCUGCGUCCGGCCUCUAACUGCGGGCCGACACGGAUGCUGUCGACCGCAGGCCGCAGGAAAGUCCUUCAAUAGCUUCGACGAACACAACCGCGGCCAGCAGCCGCGGUGAGGUCGAUCUGGACCAAUCCUCGUCUUCCCGCUCCCACCCCGAUCCCUCCGACACCAGCACCAACAUCACUGCCGCUACCGAAUCUACCCCUCCCAUCAUACGAAACACUCGCUCGGCUGCACAGGCCGCUUCCUCCCAGCUCCCACCAGCUCAAGUCCCUUUGACCCAUCCAGCAACGAUAACGACGACACCUCAAACUACCGACCCUACCCCGACGCCCCAGCUCCCGCCUCCGCCUUCUUCUCACCCCGGCUCCGUUCCUCAGCAAAUCCUUGGCCGCCGCAGAAGACGCUCGUCUAGAAACCAACCUGACGACGAAGCGGCUGCUCCUCAACAACAAGACCAACUCGCUCUCUUCGACGAACUUCAAAGGACCGCUAAACGUCAACGACUUCAACAAGUUGCCGACAUGUUGGCCACCACAGAAAUGCCACCUCCGUCAAAUGGAGUGGCAGCAGCUCACUCCAACGGCUCUACAAAUACAAGCCAACCAGAUGCUGUCAAUGGCCUUAAAAAGGCGUUUACAGUAAAUGGAGCUACAAAUGGCACCCACCAACCAGAUCGGAGCUCGACGUAUUUUGGACACAAUAGAGAAGAAGUUACUAGAAUCUUGAUACAAGCAUUAUCAGGCAUGGGCUAUCAGGCAGCCGCCGAGAUGGUCAGCAAGGACAGCGGAUACAAGUUGGAGAGCCCAACCGUGGCUGCUUUCCGAACAACCGUCCUGACUGGCGACUGGGCGGAGGCUGAAAAGUUAUUAAGCGGUGCUGCGUUGUCGGAGGCGACGGCAGGUACAGGGAAUGGGCUGGUGCUGGCUGCUGGGGCGGAUCGGGAUCUAAUGCGGUUUUGGCUUAGGCAGCAAAAGUAUCUCGAGCUGCUCGAGAAGAAGGAUGCUACACGAGCAUUAGUGGUUCUCCGAGGAGAGUUGACACCGCUAUAUCAGGACACGGCAAAGCUGCACUUUCUCUCCAGCUUGCUAAUGUGCCCUUCAACACAAGAUCUUAUGGCCAAGGCACACUGGGAUGGUGCCCAAGGUGAAUCGAGGCGGGAGCUUCUCUCAGAUCUUUCCAGAUGUAUAUCGCCGUCUGUAAUGCUUCCAGAAAACCGUCUCGCAGUCCUCUUACAACAUGUGAAGCAGAGCCAAAUCGACAACUGCGUGUAUCAUACAGAAGCCGCAUCGCCGUCAUUAUAUUCGGAUCACAUGUGUGAUCGCCGUCACUUCCCCUGCGAGGUUGCCCUCGAUCUCGACAAUGUUGACGGAGAGGUGUGGCAGGUUCAGUUCUCUCACAAUGGUGCUUUUCUGGCAGCAUGUGGUGGUGGUGAUUCGGUCGUCAUUUGGGAAACAAAGACGUUCCACAUGGUACAAGAGCUGCCCGGUCACGACAAGGGCGUAGGAAAUAUUUCUUGGAGUCCUGACGACACCAUGAUUGUGACAUGCUCACAAGAUAGAUAUGCGAGGUUAUGGGAUGCAAAGACUGGCCUGAUGCUCAAACGACUUAGACGAUUUGAUGAGCCUGUCAGUGGCUGCGUCUGGGCGUCUGGCAACGACUCAUUUGUUAUUGGUACACUUUCCGCUAAUGGUAUUACUACCUUUUAUGUGGACAGCGACGAAGUGAUUGAAUGGAAGAAGACGCACCGAGUUCAGGACCUCUGCGGCUCUCCUGAUGGCAAGUGGCUUGUUGCUGCGGACGAUCAAAAGACGUUACACAUUUACAAUGCUGCCACAAGGCAGCUGGAGUAUAACAUGGAGCUCAAGGCGCUCCCUACGUCCGUCAGCAUCAGCCGCGACUCGAAACACCUGCUGGUUAACAAGAGGGAUGGCGAGGCGAUCCUGAUAGAUCUGCAGACCAGGACGCCAAUGCAGAAAUACCUUGGUCACACCGGCGGCGACUAUCUGAUUCGCAGCACGUUUGGAGGUGCCAAUGAAAGCUUCGUUGCCUGCGGUAGUGAAGACGGCAACAUUUUGAUUUGGCACAAGAACAUUGGUGCGGCUGUGGAACGUCUGCACGGCCAUGUCCCCCGAUGCAAUGCUGUUGCUUGGAAUCCAGCUGACCCGUGUAUGCUUGCUUCGUGUGGCGAUGACCAGCGAGUAAAGAUUUGGACGAAUAAGGCUCGGUGCCAUGAACUGCGUCUUAGCUACGCUCAAGCGCACUCAUCAAACAUUACGCAUCAUGGCUAGCAACAUGCUGAUGAGGAUCAGUCGCAACGCGGGCAAGCACUGAUUAACCUUAUCAACAAGUUGGAAGGCGAUUUUACAACUGUAGAAACCAUAAACGAAAGCCUUGAUGCUUUAGAGGUUUGAUAAUCAUGCCACCCGAGGACGGUGGCCUCACGUCUUGUAUCCCCUUUUUGUAUUUAUCUUUAUGGAUGUGUGCGCGGAUUCUGGCGGGUGUCUAUACUCUUAUUCUGCCCCCAUAUUUUGUAGAGGACUUUGUUUAAGCCAGAAAACACUAUUCUUUGUAGUAGAAGCGAAUGUUGAUUAUUAUUUAAUCCCGGUUUUGUUUUCUUGACUUGUGGCACUCUGUUUUGUAUUGAUGGCUAUGCUAUUCUAUUCCAUUGGCAGGUUACAUCUCUACGGCCAAUAGAGGUCUCUUAGUUAAUUCAUGCCACAAGUAUCUUUGAACAGAAAUGAACCCUAGCAAGAGAUGUUUUUUAAGAUUUGUCUAUGAUUCUAUGAUUUGGAUUUACCUUUGUAAACCCCUACGAUAACUCUUUUUACAUUGCAUAGACGUGCCCUCCGUAGAGGCCAAAGACUCCCAAU